AUGGAGGGCCGUGGGGCCCACCCUCCUGACCCCCCUGCUCCUGGCUUCGGCUCACACCUCCUCUCUCCCACAGCCACCUGGCGAGGGUCUCUGACCAGGGGCACUUUCAGCUCUUACAUCAAGCGGCCCCUGGGCAGGUGCGCAGAGCAGUGCCUGCUGGAGCCCAUCAGCCAUGCAGGGAGCUGUGACUCAGUGGCACCCCCACUGCGCCCCAUCCCACAGAGCUCGUCUCCACACACCCCUUGGUUAGCUUCUUCUGUCCCAGCCAUCUCAGGCUUGGGCCGCUCAAGCUGUCCGAUUUCAGCCCUGUCCUGGUGGCAGGCGGCUCCCAAAACCUGGAGCCUCUCCACCUCCACACGCUUGGAGUCCCAUCAAGAGCCUCUGGCCCACCGCCCACCAGAGGCCUUGUUCUGGGGAGACCCCACACACAGACAGGGAGAGACUGGAAUCCCCCCUUUCAUCAACCUUGACAUCCAGAAGCUUCUGGAGAUACUAAUCGCCAAGAGAACAGAUCUGAAGAUUCAGAAGGAGAAGGAAGAGAAGGAAGAAUCAGACUGCCACCUGACCUCUUUUGGGAGAAUGUUCAAGUCGCCAGGUGACAAGCAGGACACCAUGGGUGACCAACACUUCUGGAGCUUGAGAGACAAACCAAAACAGCUGCUCAGUCCUGAGAAGCCCCCACAUCCCAAGACUUUGGGGGACAAUUUACAGCAGAAAUGCAACCAGCUCUUCUGGGGUCUCCCCUUUCUGCACAGUGAGUCCCUGGUGGCCACUGUCAGCGAUGGCCAGGACCCCCAGGGCCAUGGGUCAGUCUCUGUCCUUCCCAGGGACUUGAUCGACCCUGAGCUCCGGAAGCAACUGGAGUGGCACCUUUGGAAGAAGUUCAUGAAGCACCAAAGUGGCCUGCCCCGCAGGAUCCAGCUAUCUGUGAAGCCUCACAGAGAGUUCCAGAAGGUGCCACAGGCAAUCCGCCGGCACAGGCCCGCGUCUGAGUCUGACUCUACAGACGGAAGCUGCCAGGCUACACAGAAGACUGGGUCCAGGUACCCAGCAAGGACCAUGCCAAGAAAAAGCCUGGGCAAGGAUUCAAGGUCUACUGCAGGGAGGAUCCGGAAAGAUCUACACAAGGGCUCGGCGAGCUCUCCGGGUAAGGCUCCAGGAAUAAAUUCUGAGGAGUCGGACACAGACUUGAAACCUUCAACAAGCAGUGCAGACAAGAAGCACCCAGAGAAGGUCCUAAGAGCCCAUUUGGGCAGGAAGUUGGGACAGAUCAGAGAAGGUCAGAUCCCUGCAGAUGUUCAUCGUUCCAGGCUCGCUGCCCACCAUGCCUUGGACCUUCUCAGAAAGCCAAGCACUCACGGGAAAACUGGAAAGCCAGCAUUUUCCAAGGGUUGGGAACCCUACAGGACCACCUCCCACAAUUUUUCCAUCCUCAGUCCGUACACUCAACAGAUGCUAGAAGCACAUAUUAUAAGGUUUCGGGUGAAGCACAGGUGGAGCCUACCCCUCAAGGUCCUCAAGCCUAUAAAUCUCUUUAAGUUGAAAAAGAGCUUCUUCUUUCCCCGGUCCUCUACUACCCGCUUAGCCACCUGUGUAUCUAAGGCGUGCUCCAAAACCAAGUUCUUGGGAAAACCUCCUCAGCCCCAUCAAGGAGAGAAGGUGGCAAAAGAGUCUUACCCCACCUUGGGGAGUCCUCUCCCUGCUCCCCAGCCGACAUGUGAGGAAAUCCACCAGGCCCUGCAAGGGACCUCACCACGUGAUGGCCGUGGGCCCUCGGAGGCCCCUCUGGCUGGACAGGAGGCCAGGUCACCUUCUCAGACCCUCACAUACAGCUUUGUGGGCAGAAUCUGGCACAGGGAACCUGCCUCAGGGACUCUUAUGAAUAGCAACCUGGAGUCAAGUCCAAGUCCAGCAACGAGUGAGCCAAGGAGGGAGAGUGGGGGUCGGGCCUCACAAGACUCCUGCUAUAGCAUAAAAGUGCUAGAGCUCAACUUAGAGUCCCAGUAUUUGAGUGCCAGAGAGUCCAGGGAGGCGGGGGAGGUCGAGGAGGCCCCUGCUUGGGGAGUCACCUUGGAACCCAGGGUGUGGGCCAACAACCAAACCAGCCGUGCAGAUCUGAGAAGAUCAGGGUCUUCAGAGAAAAGUGACAGCCCCUCGCCACCUACAGAGUUGGUCACCCAAGACCCAGAAGAGCUAUGCUUUGAUGCACAGUUCAGAGAGUUUGAGCUCCGGAAGUUGAUGGAGUCAGAGAAUCAGCCUCAAGACAAUGCCGCCAGCGUGCUCCUUCAAGACUGUGAAACUGGUGUCCUCCUUCAAGACUGUGCCACUGACAGCCUUCUUCAAGACUGUCAGUCCGAUGUAUUCCUCGCCGCAGACAUCUUGGCUUCUCAGGGGUCUCUGUCUGACUUCCAGAGUGGGUCCAGGGAAGACACAUCAACUUCCCAGGUGCUGUAUGGCCUCAGAUCAAGCGGACAGAAAAUCCAGAGGCAGCCAGAGCCCCUGGGACUGCGGGACCAAUAUAAGAGCCGAAGAAAGUCAUCUGUCCCCACUGCUGAGAGAGAGUACUACUACAGGAGACCCAGCCGGAGAGAGCCUGAAAAAGAGUUGUCAGCACUAAAGAUCCUCCAAAUCAGUGAGAUGAGCCACACUGCCCAGCACAAGGAUGCAGCGGAGUCCUCAGGAAGCAAGGCCUGUCCACUCUUGCUGAAAAAGGAGAUGGUUCCUCCAGAAAGCUACUUCAGAAGAGGGAUGAGGCACUUUAUACAGUGUUUUUCUUCCAGUAAAGGCAAAGGACUGGAAGAUUCCCUUCAAAAAGGCAAGUCUUCAUCAUCCCGGAGUCGGAGACCAGUCACAGGCAGAUCAACUGUGGACAGUGCAACUGCCAAGGCUCAGGUGCUCAUGACAGCUGUGGGACAGAUCCUACAGGAGAAAAUGGUGCCUCACCAUGGAGUUAGGGCCCCGGAGUUCAGCUGGUGCCAAAGGGAUCUCCAGGCUUCGGCAGGUCCCAAUGUCUGCUACCACAGAGUCCUCUCCUAUCAAGAGCAGAGGAGAGUGAUGAGAAAGACAGCUUCCAAUCAGCAAGCCACCCCCAAGGGCCACAGCUAUGCCAACAAGACCGAGUGGAUCAGAAGCAGGGACAAGAGGCCCAGUGGAGGGGAGUUAAGAGGCCCCGUGGCCGUCCCCGCAGGGUCUGCACCCCACUCCAGCUGCCGGGCCCAGGUGGAAAGAAGCCCCCCGCAGCUCCCACACAGAGGGUCGGGAGGCCAGAGGCAGCAAGGCCUUCGGGCAGGGAAGCUUAAUUUCUGCACAAUUUGCUAA